AGUAAACUUUGGCAUGAUAGAUUUAAUCCCAAUACACAGUAAAAUUUGCUGUUUUUUUACUCAUCGCUUUUGUGUGGUUGUAUCAAAGCUAAAUGAUGGUUGAUUUCAAUCAAAGUUAAAUGGAUUACAAUAUUUAAAUUGAGGUCAACAAUAUGCUAAAUUCUAUAAUCCCCGAUCUAAAGUACAAAAUUCCCAACUUCGAUUUGUAAUUUUGAUUUUUUUAAACGCAUUUAUUUUACGGAUUAGUUAUUUUACGUGAAUAUUCUUCAGAAGCCCAUUAUCGUUUGUAUCGGCGAAAGUCCAAAGUCUAACUUCGCAUCAAGUGUUUAAAUCAAUUGAGAAUGUUUUAUGAAAAUUAACCGUGCAAUGUUAGACUAUUUACCAGAUUACCAUCUAAAUAAUAUUACAUAAUUUCGAAACAAUUGUGCGACCUUAUGUUCAAAUUGAGGAAAUCAUUUAUCAGUUUGCAGAUCUCGACCACUCAACCGUAUAAUGGUUUUGAAGUGGUAUAUAUAAGGGGACGCAUUUUUUGGUUCCAACAUCAGCAUCAAUUUGGUCAUAAACGGUAUAGUUUCAGUUAAACACAUAGAUCCAUAGACGAUUCCAUUUACAUAAAAAAAGUGAACCGAGAAAAUAUGUAUCGUUUAAAAGUUUCACUGGUUUUCGUAUUUUGGGCACUUCUAAACUUAUAUGUGGACCAUUGUACAGCUUGUAAUGGAUACAAAAUGAAGUUGAUUUCAGUGACAAAUUGUGGCGAUGAUAAUGUGAUCAUAGUUGACAAAAAUUUCACGGCUUCAUUGAGUUCAGACUGUAUUGUGACAACGGGCGGCUGUGUAACAUCAAAAGGAUUCAAAGAGGCAAAGGUGAAGUACUCAAUUUUGAAAAAUGGCCAAGAAAUGUUGAGUGGUCAUCCCGAUAUUUGUGAUGUUUUGGAUCAUAAAACGGCUGAACAAAAAGUCAAAUUAGAAAUGUUCGGUUUUCCGACAGAAUGUCCAGUCCCUGAAGGUCGAAAAUGCAUGGAUGGCACGAAAAAAGUCGAUGUUUCUAAAUACAAAAACAUGUUGCCGAUGGCAGUCGGAAAGAUAACUUCACAUUAUGAGGUCACUCAUGAUUCGGGUACAACUUGCAUUGAAAUUAAGUUCGAAAUCAACAAAUAGGAUGCUGAUAAUUAUGACAUUAUAUAUUGGGCUUAUUGGGAUACAUGAAUUACGAUUUUACUGUAAAAACUCUCUUUUUCUUUUUUCCUCUCAUCAUUUUGAAUAUGACAAAUAAAUUUAAAACAUUCUUUGAAGCAUGA